UGGUUUUCACUCUCGGCACUUGCCGCAAAGCGAUAGGAUGAAGCCGGUGUCUACCUUCCUCGCAUCCAUUGCCAUUUACCGGUUUAUUCGCCGUUCAGCAAUUGCACGCGGUCGCAAAGUUUGAAAAAUUUUCGAGAAGAAGCUCGUAAAACGUGUCGUGGUUCCUCGUUGUGAAAAUACAACAGCUCCUGAUUUUUGGAAACUUCGAGUGACAAAUUUAUCACUUCGAAUGGCACACAAAUUAGAAGUGGCAGUAGUGAGGUGGAAUUGAACGGAAAUGGCAAUUGGGCUGACUACUUUGCUUAGUACAACCUCCGUCCUCGGAUUUAGCCUGAUUCCUCUUUUAGCAAUCGGCCUGACCGUAUUUCGAUAUAAUCAAGCUGAUCCAGAAUCUCAUCCAUCCGAUGCUCGCCAGCUACUACGAAUGUACGAUUUUAUAGUGAUCGGCGGCGGAAGCGCAGGAGCUGUGAUCGCAUCAAGACUAUCCGAGGUGCCAAAUUGGACUGUACUACUUGUUGAAGCUGGCGGUGACGAAAAUGAAAUUUCAGAUAUCCCUUUAUUGGCUGGUUACACUCAACUAUCAGAGUUCGAUUGGAAAUAUCAAACUACGCCACCGACAUCGUCCGCUUAUUGUCUCGCCAUGAUUGGGGACAGGUGCAACUGGCCCCGUGGAAAGGUUCUUGGUGGCAGCAGUGUAUUGAACGCCAUGAUUUAUGUUCGUGGUAAUCGCCGAGACUACGACAACUGGGCGAGAUUGGGCAACGUAGGCUGGAGCUACGACGAGGUGUUCCCUUACUUCCUGAAAUCCGAAGACAACCGCAACCCUUACCUAGCUAGAACCCCGUAUCACAGCACAGGUGGUUACCUGACCGUUCAAGAGUCCCCAUGGAGGACACCGUUGUCGAUCGCGUUCCUUCAAGCCGGCCAGGAGUUGGGUUACGAGAAUCGCGACAUAAACGGAGCCAAUCAGACCGGCUUCAUGCUGACUCAGGCUACUAUCCGUCGAGGUAGCCGAUGCUCGACAGCCAAAGCCUUUCUGAGACCGGUGAAGAACAGGGAGAAUCUGCACAUAGCGAUGCGCACGCAAGUUCUAAGAGUAUUGUUCAACGAGGACAAGAGAGCUACCGGUGUAGAGAUUCUCCGUGAUGGCCGCCAACAAGUGAUCAGAGUCAGGCGAGAGAUCGUUCUAUCAGCUGGAGCGAUCAAUUCACCCCAGCUACUGAUGCUAUCCGGAGUAGGACCUAGCGAACACUUGGAAGAGUUCAAUAUACCCGUGAUAUCAGACCUAAGGGUCGGAGACAAUCUUCAAGACCACGUUGGUCUCGGUGGAUUCACGUUUAUCGUCAACGAACCGAUCAGUCUGAAGAAGGAUCGUUUUCAAACGAUGCCGGUGAUGAUGGAAUAUGUACUGAACGAAAGAGGACCUAUGACCAGUCCAGGUGUCGAAGGUUUAGCUUUUGUCAACACCAAAUACGCGGAUAAGUCAGGCGACUAUCCUGAUGUCCAGUUUCAUUUUGCUCCCAGUUCGGUCAAUUCAGACGGAGGCGAUCAGAUCAAGAAGAUUCUAGGCCUCAGAGACAGAGUGUACAAUACUAUGUAUAAACCUUUAACCCAUUCUGAAACCUGGUCAAUUUUGCCAUUGUUGUUGAGACCUAAGAGUUCUGGAUGGGUACGUCUGAAGAGCAGGAACCCAUUGGUGUAUCCAGAUAUCAAUCCGAAUUAUUUUACACACAAAGAGGACAUAGACGUCCUGGUAGAAGGUAUAAGAAUUGGUCUGCAGCUGUCGAACACUACAGCUUUUCAGAGAUUCGGUUCUAGGCCUCACACUAUUCGUAUGCCAGGCUGUCAUAGAUAUCCCUUUGACAGUUACGACUAUUGGGAAUGUGCUAUUAGACAUUUUACUUUUACUAUUUAUCAUCCAACCGGGACUUGCAAAAUGGGACCGAGAAACGAUCCCACGGCAGUAGUGGAUCCCAGAUUAAGGGUUUAUGGAGUGAAAGGAUUGAGAGUUGCUGACGCUUCGAUCAUGCCUGUGAUCGUCAGUGGGAAUCCGAAUGCUCCUACGAUCAUGAUCGGUGAAAAAGCUAGUGACAUCAUAAAAGAGGAUUGGAGGCAGAAGAAAAAGCGUUACGUGGGAAGAUGAUGAUGAAGAAUGGGAGGAUUGCUAGUUCAUUGAAAAGAUGUCUGUUGUUUCAGACAGGUAACUGAGUCGGUUUC